AUGGGUAAAAAUCCGGAUCCCACAAGAGUUGCAAAAGCCCGAAAGAAAACUGCUAAAAUCUUGGAUGUUUAUGAUAAGCUUUUGGAAGGAAAAGAAUGUUUAACGAAAUUAGAUAUAGAUCAGUGUUGUUGCUGGAAGACCACUGGAAGGCCACUGGAAGUAAAAUUAAUAGUGUCACUAGAACUUUUACUAUUACGAAAUCUCACUGGAAGACCAGAAAUUCCCACUAGAAGCCAAAAUUGA